ACGAAACUGAAAAUGAAUCUCAAAGCGCACAGUAUUUUUUCGCGGCCAAAUUUGAAGCACAAUUGCCUGUUGACUAGGCUACGUGAUGACUUCAUGCAUUGAGGAUAAGUGGUGCCAAGCGCUCACUAAGAUUAUAGAGGAACUGGAUGAGGAUCAAUAUAAAAAGAUGUGUCACCUUUUGAAUAAAAUUCCAAAUGGUGUAAAGAGUGACAUUAAGCCAGUAGACAUGCCUAAAACCAUCAUCAGUCACUUGGGAAUGAAUAAGUCUAUCCUUGAAAUGGGAAGAGUGAUGGGGAAGAUCCCAAGAAAUGACUCAGCUAUUCAGGACCUUCUGCGUCCCUUUGUUCAGAACCUGCUUAAUGGGAAACAACAGAAAGAGAAAAAAGGACGGCAAAAGAACCGCAAAAUUGAUUCGGAGUCUGAGGAAACACCUGCAGCCACUGGACAGAAGAGGAAAUAUGUGAGCGAUUCAGAGGACGAGGAGUCAGAAAAAGGUCCAGAGAACAAGGUGCAAGGGGAAAAUAACAAGGGUAAUCCUCCCCCCUCUUCCAAGCGCAAAUCCAACUCCUGGAUGCUAACCAUCGCAGAUCUGAAAAACUUGGGAGGACUUGGCGAUAAAGCGAUAAAAGGAAAAAUUGUAAAAAAAUCUGAUCUGAUAUAUUAUGACACAAAGGCAAAGAAAAAACAAAGUCUUUUCCAUAUGAGUCUGACUGAUGACACAGCCAGUAUCAAAGUCACUGUAUAUGGGAAGGAGAGAUAUGACUUAUUCCAAGAGGGAAGCUUUUACCUGUUGAAAGCCCUCAUUGUGGAAGGGGAUAUAGUGAAGGUCACACAAAAAAGCAAAGUGUCCAAAACAAGCCCAUUAGAAGUUCCUCAGAGGCUGGAAAUGGAGGCAAGGAUGCUCAUUGAACCGGCCCACCAUCCAUUCUGCUCCAUCGCUGAUGCCAAGGCCUCUCACCCAGGCAUCCAGAUGAGCAUUGAUGGAACUGUUAUUGAUAUGACACUUUUGAGUAAAGUAAAAGUGAAACGGGAGAGGACCAGAAAGUUGGUUGAGCGCCGCAGCCUGACCUUGCAGGAUGAGACUGGUUCUAUUGAGGUCUGUCUCUGGAGGGAGCAGGCCUGCAACUGCAAUGUAUUGGUUGGAGAUACCGUAAGGGUGACCAAUGUGUACCCCAGUGAGUACUUGGACAGUAUUUCUCUCAACUCAACUGGAAGAACCAGGAUUUAUAAGGUCCAGCCUGCUACUUUGGAGACUGUGAGGCUGUCUAUUGAAGCAAUUGAAAAGUGCACUAAGAUGGAGGUGACCCUGGAAGCAGAGACGGAUGGAAAGCUGAGAACCUUCAUUGUGGCAUCGGAGAUCCUGGUACAGACCUAUGGCAUUAAACUUCAGGGAGACUUUGAAAAGAGGCUUCUUAAGAUAAUGCCGCUUUCUGCAGAGGCAAAAAUACAAGGCAAUAGAAUUACAUCUCUCACAAAGAUUUAAAUCCAUCCUAAUGAUAAAAGGUUUUGUGGAUUAAGUUUGAUUACUGGCAACUUCGGCCACAAAACCAAUGACUUGAAAAGUCACACACUUGUGCUAAAAUAUAAUUUUUAAAUGUAUUGAUUUGUAUUUUUACCUGAACUUUUUCAUUUUGUAAUGAACUGAGCUGAAGUGGUACACCACAAACAAGAUAUCAUUGAACCCAAGAUUUGCUGAAGACUUUCCAUUUCUGUCUGAUUUUGGUUUAAUUCUGCAUGUAAAACCAUUUGUAUUUCACCAGUGGUAAGAGGGGAUAAGGGGGUUCUAUCUUUAAACUAUUAUACACAUCAUGUAAUUCAGCUAAAAAAAAUAGCUUUUAGUAGAUGCUGAAAGAGACCUGGCUGAUGACUGUAUUAUAAAUACUGUACAUAGGGCUCUAUUUCAAUCUGUAUGCGCAAUAGAAAUGUAAUGGUAAUUUCCGAUUGAGCUGACAUAUGCAGAGUUUACCGUAAAUGCAGUCUCCUCCAACGCGGGAACAUUGCCUUUAAAUUUAAAUUGGGAUUUAGUGCUUUUUACUUGCGCGAUAUGGAUUGAAUAGAGCCCUUAAUCUCUGAUAAUUAUUUUUACCUCAAACCUUUUAUCUUGCAACUGUCAACUUAGUUUUUUUGUUUAGAGGGAGGUUUGGCUAGAGCCUUUUGUCAAGCAUUUCAAUGGCAAAAAGCUGUACAAAUUAUAUUAAAUAAAGUGAUUACCUCCAUAA